AUGAUGAAAGAUGCCCUGAAGAAGACCAAAGUGGUGGUGCGCAAACUACCGCCGAAUCUUAAGGAGGAAUCAUUUCUCGAGGCGCUAAAUAAGAAGUACCAGGGCCGCUACAACUGGAUCAUGUUCUACCCCGGAAAAUCAUCAGCCAAGAAGACGGCACUCUCAAGGGCGUACAUCAACUUUCUCUCGCCCGACGACGUGCUCACUUUCUCCUCCGACUUUCACGGCCACACCUUCGUCAACGAGAAGGGGCAGCAGUUCCAGGCGACAGUGGAGUACGCGCCAUGGCAGAAAGUUCCGAGGGAGGCUCAGAGGAAGGACCCCAGGCAGGGGACUAUAGACAAAGACCCCGAGUAUGUGGCGUUCCUAGCAGCGCUGGAGCAGGGCGAGGAGAGCCUUCCGAGUGCGGAGGUGCAGCUGGAGAAAGCUGACGCCGCCAAGGCCGCUGCUGCAGGAGUGAAGGAACCCCUAGUGCUGACGCCCCUGGUGGAGUAUGUGUGUCAGAGGCGCGCCAAUGCACGGACAGGCCCCCAGGCCCGUGUGGUUACCAGCAGACCCACUCGCCCUGUGGGCGCAGGGGGAGAGAGGGGGGCUGCGGGGAGGAUGGGGGGAGGCGCAGGGGGGACGCAUGCGGCCUCCGCUGCAGGCAGUGGGGCAGGCCGUGGGGGAGGGGGAGGGGGGAGUGGUGGUGGGGGCAAGGGGGGAGGCAGAGGGGAAAGAGGUUCACGUGGAGGUGGGCGGAGUGGGGGAAGGGGGGGGGAGACGGGCACACCUGGUGCAGGUGGUUCUUCAGGUGGAUUUGCAGGAGGGUCUCAGCCUAUCAGUGGAAGGGAGAAGGUCGAUCCGGCAGCUGUUACUUCUGCAGCUCAUUCACGCUCGUCGCGCCGUCACGCUGCUGAUCUCCGGCGCAAGAGAGGAGGCACCAGUGACGCCCACAGGAACGCUCAAAGGGACGCUCGGGCCACUCCCUCCCCAUCCCCCCUCAUGCCUGCUGCUACAGCUGCAGUCGGCUCUGCUACAGCCGGUGCAGCUAUUUUCAACACUGCAGCUGGGUCUGCUAGAGCCGGGGGUGCUACAGCUGGCAGUGCGUCUGGCAGUGCGGCAGCAGGCACUACAGGUGGAAGCACAGCAGGUGGUGGUGGUGACGGUGGUGCUGGUUCGAUCCGCACAGGGCCUACUGGCCGGGCCGGAGGGGUGAAGAUCAUCACUCGGCAACACGCACAGCCACAUGCGCCCCCGCAGCAGUCGCAGCAGCAGCAGCAGCAGCAGCAGCAGCAGCAGCAGCAGCAGCAGCAGCAGAGGCAGUAUGGGCGAGGAGGAGGGAUACAGGCCGCACAGCAGCAGGCACAGCAGGGUCGGCAGAUGCAAGGAGAAGCAGGAAGCGUGACAUAUGAAGCAACAGCAGUUGCAACGAAGGCCGAAACUCCUGCUGCUGCUGGCAGUGCAGCAGGAGCAGCAGGAGGAAGAGCAGGGACAGCAGCAGGGGGAGGGGCAGCGAGGGAGGCGAGGGACAGUCGGGGUAGGCUGAAGAACCGGGACCGGCCUGACCGACCAAUGUGGACGCCCAGGCGACGCCCAGACGUGGGAGGGGGCGGUGCUGGUGCAGGGCAGUCUGGGGGAGGUGGUACUGGUGGUGGUGCUGCGGCUGCUGCUCCUACUGCUGGUGCUGCUGCUGCGUCUGCUGGCGCUGGUGCAAGCAGAGGGGGUGGAGGAGCAGGAGGCUAUGGAGGGAGAGGGAGGGGCGGCAGUGACUAUGGCAGAAGAGGCCUGAGUAUAUCUUUCUCCCGUCACCCCCCACCUCCGCCCCUCUCUUCCUCCUCACUUGCUUCCUGCCCUGUCUACUCUCCCUUCUGUUUUCGCCCAACCGCCAUUGCUUCAUUCCGUUCCAAGUCUGCUAUUGCCCCUGCUUCUUGCUGCGUCGAUCCCUCUUUUACUGCGAUUCCAACAGAGGCAGGUGUGGGUGGCAGUUCAGAAAUCAAGUGA